CGUCACAUCACCAUCAAAACCCACACAGAUAACACACUCAAGAUUAAACCAGCAGACAUAGAUAGAUAGCUAUAGAGAGAGAAGCGAAAAUGGAGUUGAAACUGUACGUGCAUCGUUUAUCUGAACCAUCACGCGCUCUGAUCGCUUUUUGCAAGCUGAACGGGAUUGAAUUUGAGGAGAUCGAGAUAGACUUAGUUAAGGGACAGCAUAAGUCUCCUGAAUUCAAAGAAAUAAAUCCGAUGGGGCAAGUACCGGCUAUUGUUCAUGGUGAUUUUAAGCUAUUUGAGAGCCAUGCAAUCCUUGGAUAUCUUGCCUCUGCAUUUCCUGGAGUUGCGGAUCAUUGGUAUCCAGCGGAUCUUCAAAAGAGAGCCAAGGUUCAUGCUGUGUUGGACUGGCAUCACUCUAAUUUACGCCGUGGCUCAGUUAUGUAUGUUUUAAACACAAAACUGGGUCCUGUACUUGGCUUGCCUGUGAACCCACAAGCAGCUGCUGAAGGUGAGAAAGUUUUGUCUUGUUCUCUGGAAACAAUAGAGUCUGUUUGGCUCAAUGAUGGUGGUCCAUUCUUGAUUGGAGGAGAUCAACCAUCAAUAGCAGAUCUCAGCCUCGUCUGUCAAAUCAUGCAACUCGAAGUCUUGGAUGAAAAUGACCGCAAUCGUUUCCUGGGACCACACAAGAAAGUUCAGCAGUGGAUUGAGAAUAUAAAGAAGGCAACGAGUUCUCACUUUGAUGAAGUGCAUGAUACGCUUUACAAAUUCAGUGCAAUGCUAAAGCAGAAAUCAGCAGAAGGGAAGAGCGAGGCCUAGUCUAGCAUGAAAAAUAUAUUUGAUGAACUAAGAAUCUGUGUCUGUGUUGCCGCUUUGUUUGUCAGAAUGAUCUGCAUUGUUAUUUUGCUUUAUGUUCCAAGAUCAAGGACUGUCUACUCUCAGAGCAGUGCUGUAUGUUUGGUUGAAAGGAUGAAAAUUACAUUAUUAAAUAACAGAUGCAUUUUAGCA